CACCCUCACUUUGUUGCCCGCGUGUCGGUUCGUAAGCGCAGCACUCGGUCCGUUCCCUCGUUGCACGGAACCUUUGGAAUCCAAUCCACGAAGACACAACAGGAGGCAAUCUUUGGCGGCUGUGUACAGGCUGUAGCAAAAGCGAAAGCACCCGCACCCGCCGCCACGACAAGAACCGAAUCAGAGCAAGAKAGCCGCACGAUUCCCCAACGGCACUGGCAUCAACUGCUUUCUUCUCGUCCUUCAAUCACAAGACACCAUGAAGAUUAUCAAUGAAAUGAAGAAGAAACUCCACCUGGAGAGGGCCCGGGAAGAAAUGGAAGAAAUAAAGAAGGACGCCGAGAUGAUCCUGAACAAGCUCAUCUACGCCCGCCCACUCAAGUUCACGAAGCAUUUCGAKYACCGUCGAAAGGCCACCGAGGGCGUCGAUCAGGAGGAGGAGGAGCUGCGAGAGUCCAACCUGGAAGCCAGCGAAGAAGCCUUCCUGGUGUCGGUUGUGGAAAACCACUCGGAUUUCGUCCUUUCCAACCUGGAGGCCUCCGAGAUMCAGAGGCUGGUGCGGGCCAUGGAGAAGCACACCGCGGCCGCCGGGGACGUAUUGAUUCAGCAGGGGGACACGGGCGAUUACCUGUACGUWGUGCGGGAGGGCACCGUCCGGUUUUUGGUGGACGGGGAGGACAAGGGCACCGCAUCGGAGGGAGCCGUCGUGGGGGAGCUGGCGCUCCUCUACGACUGCCCCAGGGCCGCAACCGUUCGGGCCGACACGGAUUGCGUCCUCUACCGGGUCUCGCAGGAAACCUUCCGGAGGAUCCAGGCCUCMUUUAUCCUCUCCAACGACGACGAAACCCGGACCCUCCUCAAGAAGUCGACGCUCUUUGCCAAUCUCCACGACGACCUCAUCCGGGAAAUGGCCUCGUACAUGUUCCAAAAGAAGUUCACCAAGGGUCAAAUCCUCGUCGAGAAGGRCCAGGACGUCGACGAGAUCUAUUUCGUGAAACGCGGAACGAUCCUCGGCCGUGACGUGAGCGCGAGGGGCGUCGAAUACGCGGACAUUACUUUGGAGCCGGGUGGCACCUUCGGAGACCAUGCCGUGCUGAUGAAUCACCCUGCUUUCGCGACGRUCGAGKGUUUGACGGAUGGGGUGGUGUACGUGCUGACAAAGGAACGCUUUUUCACGUGCCUCAAAGGAAUAGACCUGCAYGAGAUGGUCCAGAGGAAYGCUGACAGUCAGAUUUUGGUGGGUGUUUUUCUUUCCAUGUCACAUUCGCCGUUGCAAUUCAUGCUGCAGUAUAGACAUUGUAUUGCAUUGCGUGUUUUGUGAAAUGUUGAUCGAAUAUGGUUUGCUUGCUGGCUGACUUUGACUUGUUCGAAGAGAAGCGAAACAUGGUGUGCUGCUACUCGCUCCUUGGGGCUUUGUCCACAAAACUCACCCGCCUCCUUUCUGCCUUGCCGUUUGCUCUCAUUCAUGGCACAAACCGACGAAAUCCGGCCCUCGAGCAGCACCUGCUCCCCUUCUUUGCCUAUGCGGACAUCGACGACGUCGAGAUUAGGGAAAUGGUGAAGAAAAUGGAACACGUUACCCUCGAACCGGGGGACACCCUCGCUACCCUCGGGGAGGAGGUAGAACCUGCGCUCUACGUCGUCAUGACCCGCAGCRAAGACCACGGGUACCUCCAGUCCACCAAGGAUGGUGUUGUGAUCAGAGAUGUUAGGGCCGGGGAGGCAAUGGGUUUUGGAAAAGCAACCAUCAACAUUUCAAACAUUUCGCAGAGCGAGAGCUGCGAGGCGGCGGCCCUGUACGGAUCGAAARAGGGUUKGGUCGAGCUAGACACGACCGAUGCCAUCAAGGAGUCCAAACACAACAUGUUGGUACACAACAAGGUUGUCUCGCAAUUCACCGUCGUCGCCAGGGGAACUGGCACGGUCCACCUGAAGAAACUGACGCUYAAAGACCUCAGCAAAAUCAUUCACGAUCCCUUCCGCCUCGGCAAGGACUACMGGGUUAACGGAAGCAAGAAGACGGAAGUUACGACCGACGUUCUCCAGCGCAAGCAACUCCUAGGCCAGGGGACCUUCGGACAGGUGUGGCUGUGCCGGGAAAAAAGAAAGGGAGACCCGUACGCACUCAAAAUACAGUACAAACGGGAACUCAUACAGCAACACCAGGCCGACGGCGUCAUCCGCGAAACCCAUAUUUUGCAGAAAAUGCACCACCCCUUCGUGGCGGGCCUUGUCAACGCCCAGCAGGACGUGAGCUGCCUUUACCUGGUGAUGCCCCUCGUCCCGGGAGGGGAGCUCCGCCAGCAGAUGCGUUCCAGCACCCGGCCGUACCUGGAGGAGCCCAAGGCAAAGUUUUACGCGGCCUGCUUGCUCGAGGGACUURGCUAUAUGCACCGUCGGAAGUACAUCUACCGUGACCUCAAGGGAGAGAACGUGAUGCUKGACAGAGAGGGAUACUGCGUCAUWAUCGACUUUGGAUUUGCCAAGUACGUCCCCGAUAAGACCUUUACCUUUUGCGGGACGCCUAUUUUCAUUGUGAGUAACAACUUUCGUUUCUAUUUCGUUGUGUGUGAAUCGAACCGAAUCGAUUCAAUUGAAGGGCCAUUGCCUCGAAUCAAUUGCAUUCGCCUUUAUCCAGCCAAGCUCAGCACUUUCUCUCACAUUUAUUUUGCAUUCCUGUCGUUCAAAAAUUAUUGCGCUUGCAUUGCAGGCCCCAGAAGUUGUGCUGAACAAGGGUCACGACAAAUCGGCCGACAUUUGGUCUCUGGGCGUCAUGAUCUUCGAAAUGCUGAUGGGGACGAACCCCUUUUUCGAUUACAACGAUCCGACUAUCGACCAACGGAAGCUCUUCAAUCGUAUCGUCAGGGGUCAGAUCCAGGUUCCCCGACAGCAGGCCUCCAUCGACGCCUUCGAUCGAUUGAGCGAUGAUGCCAAGGACUUGAUCAAGAAACUAUUGGUGGUGAACGUCCGGGACCGACUGGGAUGCAUGGCCAAUGCCGACCUGGACAUCAGAAACCACCCCUGGUUUGCCAACGAGAAAACAGGCAUCGAUUUUGGUAAGCUCUACCGGAAGGAAAUUCCCGCUCCGUGGGUGCCGGUGCUCUCGGACCCCUUCGACAGCACCAAUUUUAAGCACACGAGUGCACGAAGCAAAAAAGGGCUGAAACCACUCACCACGGAAGAGCAAAAGCUGUUCGAAGACUUUUGUUAAAUCGGCCAUAGCAUGCUUGURUUCCACAGGCCAUAAGUACUUACYAAC